CAAAAUUCCUUUCAUUUCCUCUCCCAUAACGAAAUUAACAGCGACAGAAACUUUCUAGGGUCAAACAUUUAUGGCCCUGUUUGAGUAGAAUAAUUCUUUUUCCCACGAAUUAACAGCUCCCUUAUCCACUUUCUUCUUUGGCAGCUGCUUCUCAUCUUCGUAUAAAAUACCAAAUCAAGAAAAUAAUAAGAUCGCAAGAUUUAUGAAUGGAAGCAGAGAAUCCAUAUAUGAAGUGUAUGAAGAACAUGUUGAUGUUUGUAUAGUCAGAGCUUUAAAAUAGAGAAACAGAAUGGAUAGAAGAUUAUCAGAGGCAUCUUUACAAGGAAAUGUAGAGUUAUUACAGCAAAUUUUGGACGAAGAUCCAUUAAUAUUAGAUAAAAUUAUAGUUUUAUGUAUCUCACAAACGCCUCUUCAUACUGCCUCCAUGUUAGGCCACUUAAAUUUCGUGAAAGAAUUGCUAAAUCGGAAGCCCGAGUUGGCGGCUGAGUUGGAUUCUAAUGGCUGCUCGCCGCUGCACUUGGCAGCGGCGAAGGGACACUUGGACAUCGUCAAGGAACUUCUAAGUGCGGAUUCUGAGGUGGGAUCUGUCCGGAAUUUGGAUGGGAGGACUGCUUUACAUGUUGCGGUGAUCAAGGGGAGGACGGCGGCAGCGACUGAGUUGGUCCGAGUUGCUCCUGAGCUAAGCAGGGUUCUGACUGACCGAGGCGAGACGUGUUUACAUCUCUGCGUGAAGUAUAAUAGGGUGGAAAUGUUACAGAAUUUGGCUGAGGCAACGAUGGAAUUAGAUGGAGAUUUGUUGAAUUGGAAGGAUUGUGAUGGGAAUACUAUUUUACACAUUGCAGUGGCUAAGAAGCAAAUUGAGAUCAUCAACUCUUUGCUUGAGUUGAAUGGAUUGGAAACGAAUGCCUUGAAUAAGAAUGGAUUGACAGCUUUGGAUAUAUUAAAUCAAAGCCCGAGAGACCUAAGAGAUAUGGAAAUCCAUAAUUCCCUUCAAAAGGCCGGUGCUUCUAGUGUGAAGGAUUUGCAUUUGAUCACGAAUGAUUGGAUACCAGAAAAAGUUAGGCAGACGACGAUAAGACUAUCCUCGCUGCAAAGCAAUGCAAAGAAGCCGGCCGUAAAGCCCAAGCACACUGACUGGCUAGGUAGGAGACGCAGUGCAUUAAUGGUGGUGGCGUCUUUGAUUGCAACUGUGGCAUUUCAAGCUGGACUAACCCCUCCUGGUGGUGUCUGGCAGGACGAUUAUACAGUAGACGAAAAUGGGAACCCCGUUGGCAAUCCUCACACUGUUGGGCAAUCGAUAAUGGCAUAUAAAGACCCUAAGGAAUAUGGGAUAUUCAUGAUUCUCAACACGAUUGCUUUCCUUUCGUCAUUAAGUAUAAUCCUUCUCCUAGUUAAUGGGCUGCCUUUGAAUCGAAGGCGUUGGAUGUGGCUUCAAAUGGUAAUAGUGUGGAUCGCAAUUAGUGCUCAAGUCGCCACUUACUUCGUCACACUCCGGCAUAUGUCACCCAGUGACGUCAAGUACAUGUUACGCGAAGUCACCGAAAUAUCAGUCUUGACAUGGUUGACUCUCAUGGGUGUUGUUUUCAUAGGAAAUAUGGUUCGUAUGAAUUUGUGGAUUCUGAGAAAGUAUGGAUACAUUAAACCAAAAGAGAGCCCUUCAGACACAAUUGACGACAAUCAAGAUGAUGUAUUUGAGUAGUAUUCUUCUACAGUUUGUAUAAUGUUGUUUUCAUACGAAUCUUAUUGGAUUUUUUGGGUUUGUUAUUCAUUUUGCCUUGCUGUCCUAUGAACUGUAAAAUUCAAAUCUUGACAGAAAAUGGAAGGUGUGUAUGUAAAAUUUUGCUCGUUAUUGAUUUGUGUUCAAACGGGAUUUAUUGACGACAUUUCAGUAUAGACGUUGCAGAUGUGAA